UAACAACCGGAUGAGUCUGUUAUUGUGCCAGUGAAAUCAGUUCUCUGGCUUUCGUUUCUUCAGGUAGACGUGCGUGUUUCUCACACAUUCAAUUAAUUUCAAAAAUCGCUUUGGUGUCUUGCAAAUUUAUGUGAAAAACUAAAUAUGCUUCAGCCACGUGAAGACAACGAAAUAUCGGAUAUUUACCAUAAAAAAUACAACAUUUCAACCCUUACAAAAAGGAUGAUAUAUUCUACUUAUUGCAAAUUAAACUUGACCCGUGUUUUGUUUACCACACUCGUAUUGAUCAUGAUCCACAUUGAAACUUCCCAAGCAAUUAAUCAGUCUUAUUAUGUGAGUCCGACACCCAGUUUGCCAGCAAGAGUCGGGGAUGAUAUUACCACGGUACUCUUGGUAAAUAACGAAUCAGGGCAUGUGGCCGAUUUUCAUGGAAGGUUCUUAACAGUACGCCCAGAUAUAGGUGUUUUAACAUCAACAGCCAGAACAUUUAUUCAGGACGGAAUAACAACAGAGUUUGCUACCAAGAUUUUGGGGACUACUUUAAAUAAUGGCCGCCUUUACGCACAAUACCUAAGAAAGAGUUCUAGAGUCCUUUAUGAAAACGAAAAUGUAGGCCCAUCUGUGGUUACUAGUUGGGUAGGUGAAGAAGAUUCUCUCCACACACCACUAUUUUUACAAAGCCACAACGAUCUUUUUAACUUUGAUGACUCUGACUGGCAGGAUAUCGAUGACAGUAUAGGUGUUCAUCACCGAGAGUUCGUGGGUAAUACAGAUUUCGUAAUCGAGCAAAGCACAAAAAUCAAAACCUUAGGAGCUCCCGUUUUGCAUGAUGAAAAAACAAUAACAUCUGUAGCACAAGACAGCAACGAUAUGUUGAAGAUUGACUUAAAUAAGAAAGAUGAAAUGAACAGAUUGAUUGAGGUAUUAUCAAUUAAACAUUUGCAAACAUAUACAGUAAAAAGCCCUAGUGAAAAUUUCACUACUACUACAACGUUUAACCAAUACGCGUUCGACCCACAUGCUCCAAGAAAAGAAAUAAAAUAUGAACGUGUGAUGCAACCGCAUAGAGAACAAAAUUACGAAGAUCAUAACCAAAAAAGUAGAUCCGCCCGCAAGCAAAUCCUAGCAACCGUUACGUAUUAUGGCUUCGCGGAUUUCACCACCAUUGUUGGUGAUAGCGUAAUAGUUUUUUCUCCUAGUACUACACAAAGCAGCCUGCAUUACGGACACGUUACAUCAAUAAAAGGCAAGCCUACUUUACAACAUGAUUCAAUCCCCAUAGAAAUCGCUCAGACUAUGGAAAAACCACAGAGUACUUUAACGAUGGGUACCAGUUCGAAAAUAAAUGAAGAAUUGGGGUCAAAUAUUAUUGCUAGUGAAAUAUUUGAUAAAAAUGAUUCGAACAACUUUUUGGUUUUGAAAUUGAAACCAAUGAACUCAUUAACCACAUUUGCAUUAAAUUCAUUUGAAGAACAGCAGAAUGCCAGUUCGGUGUUAUCUAAAGAAAUAGUUCCAUUGGUCUCCAAUGGAUUUAAAGAUCUUAUAUCGCCCUCUAAUGUUACUAAUGCUGGAUUGAAAGUAGGAACGAAGCAGCUUGAACAUAGCAUUCCAAAACAUGAAGGCGCUACAACUGUAUUUAUUGAUGAUGAUCCCUUCUCUAGUUUUGAUAAGCUUAGUGAUUCAACGAGCUUAAACUUGAAUUCCGCUGACCAAAUACAAUCCGUAAAACCUAUUCAAAUAUCAAAGGGAGAUGAAGUCCAUGAGACCGUGACACAUCAAACUAAUAUUAACAUAACACAGAGCAGCUUGGUCAAUUAUCAAGUUUUUGAAACAAGUAAUGAAAAUCACAAUUUCGACGAAUUAUGCAACCAUACAACUUCACAGGUUUUUCUUACUCAAAUGACUAAGGCAAAUAAUACAAACAAAGAAAAUAAUGGUAGGGAUACUAUUGUUAUUAAUGCGAAUCCACUUCAUGCUUAUGAAAUUAUAGAGACUACCAAAUAUUAUUGCAUACAAGCUUCACAAUCAAAACAAAACCCAGAAUUAAAUAUAAUCAGUGUUCCCCACGAUACUGUUACUAAGUCAAGUGGAGAAUUCAUGUCAAUUAAUAUAAUAGAUGAUGAUAAAGACGAAACAACGGUUCAAGACUUACAGGAUUAUGAAGUGACCACAGAAAACGAAUAUGAAAGCGAAGAUGAAGAAGACGAAAGUGUUAGUGAUGAAGUUGACCUAAUAUAUAAAACUCUAUAUACAACUUAUACAUACUUGACCACAUUCUUUGAAGGGUCUAGAACUACCAUAUCUAGCCAUACUGAGGUUUUAACAAACAUCGUUUCCUCAACAUUUUUGCCUGAAAGUAAAUUAGAAUCCAACACUUUAAAUUAUGUUGAAGAGAGCCAUAUUUCUGAAAAUGCAAUUCGAGAGAUUGACCAUUCUCGGACGUAUACUAUACCUGAUGAAAUUGCUAGUCUAUUAGCCCAGGAAAGUAAAGUAAAUACUGCAGAGAGUUCUAUACAGAUGAUGACCACCUAUCUCGACGAUUUAAAAUUUACUAAGACUUUGUUCACAACAUAUACAUAUUAUACAUCAAUUUUUACAAGUAACGAAACUGCAGUACAAUCACGAAUAGAGAUUGUAACCAAUUAUAUUACUAAAAAUGUACCAAACGAUCAAACUAAUAUUAUAAGUGUCGUUAAUUCCAAAACUACAAAUCAAAAUAUUGUAAAAUCACAAUAUUCUUUAGUCGAGAAUAAAAUCGAUAAGGUAGAAAAUAUGACAUUUGGAAUAGGAGUAAACUCGAGCAUUGUAAGUGAUUCAAGUCCAGCUAGUUUUAAUAACCAAAACCUUACUGAAGACCAAGUAAGUUCGGAAAGUAACACAGAGGAGAUUAUACCGUCAGCAACGUUUCUUCUUCAAACAAGUUUUACAACCUUUACCUUUUAUACAACAAUGUAUGUAGGGGAUGAUACAAGUAUUAUUAGUCGACAUGAGACUAUUACCAAUGUAGCUACCGAAACUUUGCAGCCUACAAAAUUAGUAAGUGUGGAGGAUUCUUCUUUCCCUAUUACUUAUUUUACAACAUUUACUUAUUGGACAAAGUUGGCUAAAGAUGGUGAGAUUACAACAUUAAGCAGGGAGGAAACUUUAUCUAAUGUCAUACAACACAGUAACGGUACAACUUUAGCCGUUAACGAUUUAAAAACAGCAGAUAUGGUAUCAAGUCUGUCAGCCGCAACUGAUAGCAAAACCCAGAAUAAUCAGAGUUCCGAAUCCGAAGGAUCAUUGAUAUCUACUUUGAAAGACCCAAACUUUCAAUCUGACAUUACCACAUUCUAUACCACCUAUACGUAUUAUACUACAUCAUAUGACGUUAAUACGACAUUUAUUGAUUCUCGUCUCGAAACCGUUACCAAUAUAAUGACAUCCAGGGAAAUAUCCAAUCCAAUGGAAGUUACAGAUGCAACACUUUUAAUGAUCAAACCUAGUCACCCCAUUGCUCAUUUUGAAAAUCCAAUUGAAACCAUUAAUCCGAAUGUUGUUUUGUAUGAUUAUAAGCAAAUAAUUGAUGCGGAAAAAAUAAGUACUUUGUAUUUUACAACGGAAAUUGUAUCGUCAAUAAAUAGUGAGGGACAUGAUAUUAAAAUAACCAGUAGCACAUCAAGGUUACACGUUGACCAGUCGAAAAAAUCUAGCUUGCCUAUCAUUGGCAACAUCCCUGAUUACAGCAUAUCGAACAUAAAUUUGUAUAAAACAGGCUUAGUAAGGCUUAUUGAAGGAAAACGCAUACAAAACAGUACGACCACAUUAUACCAAUCUAGAGUUAUAGGAACUGUAAUAGACAAUCGAUACGCGCAAAUAAUUGAAAGUACAUCAAGUUUUUUCUUUGAAAAAACAAAGUCUGACCAUAAUUUGUUUCCGACAAGUGUUAAAAUUCCUGAUAUGAUUACGAAAAAUUUGGAUAUUAUUGAAAUAACAGAAUUAACCAUAAGUGAAAAUGAUGACUCAGUAGUUCCUUAUAAAGACCGGACAAACACGAAACCAGAGUCGGAUAACAUUGACUGGUUGUCUAAUCAUUCACCACAAAGUUCAAAGCGACCAUUUGCACCAGUAAUUCGGCCGUUUGCCUCACGAAACCGGCCUACAUUCGCACCUAAACAAAAAACACUAGUCCCAAGUAGCGCUACUAUUAUUACAAGAUCCGACAUCACACCUACUAUAACAGCAACGCCUGCCUUAAAAUCUGCAGGUAGAUAUACCGCAUCUCGUCGGGGUAUUAUUUCUAAUGUUCCAAUUAAUGCCAACGAGCUUAACUUGUCGCAGAGUCAGUCAUCCAGGCGCCUGUUUGGGCGACCAAGUAAGUCAUUGUCGUCAGAUUUAAUCGAAGCGAAUGACACUAGCAACGCAUUUUCACCAUCGAGCACCCGGUUUGCUUCAGCUUUUCGCCCAGUCGUUAGUUCCAGGCGACAAAAUAUAAAUGUUUCAUAUCGAUCAUCAAGUUUUCCUGUGUUUCGUGGCUCUGGAGUUAUAACCAACUCAAGGUUGCGCAUAAAGCCAACUAGCUCAGGGCUAGUAUCAAGCUAUAGGUCGACACAGUCCUCAACGUUCGUUGCGGAGUCAAGCUCGGAAGGCAGCGUUGAAGAGGAUACCUCAACCGAUGAAGUAGCGGAUGUGGAAGAAGGAAUUAAGAACAAUAACAACAGCCCGUUACUGCGCUUUCGUCGACCUAUAAAUGCGCCCAGUGGAUUUAUUCCUGCAAUUCGACAGACUGGCAAUUCGCCAGCUGUUUCGCUCAGACGAAACCCGCUAUCUUCCCGAGCAAAAAUUUCGACUACGACAACCAGUACAACGACAACGACCGCCAAGCCAAGGGCGCGAAGUUUUCAGCGACCUAUUGGCCCUCAUCCAAGAUCAAGACCACAAAACACACUUUUUCCGCCAAGAGGCCUUUUUCAAAGUCAGCUAAAAAAUGAAAACCUUAAGGCAGUUAAGACAAACGAUAGUGUUUCUAGCAAUGAUUUUGAAUAUGAAGGAAGUGUCGAAGAACAAGAUCUGGAUAAAAAUGUUCCUCGUCAAAAGCGAUCUAUUAAAAAUUCGGCAUAUUUCACAACUGGGCAUCGAUUCCGUCGGCAAGCGGAUACAGUAAGGAGAAAUAAAUUCAGAUUUCGUCGACAAAACCAAACAAUAACUACCAAAGUUGAGUCAAAGCUUAUGGACUCCGACUAUAAUACUGAGACUAUAUUAACCCCUCGUGAUAAGUCUGGUUCUAGAUUUGGAUCAAGAUUUCAUUCUCCCCAGGGACAUCAGCUAUAUACGCAGGCAUUAAUCGUAGACUCAACAACAGCAACCAAUCAUAGGUCGAUUCGCCCAAGCAGACCGACGACAAAGCGACCACAAUUUACGUUGAGAGAGAAAGAUGGUAAUUUAAAAGGCACUACAUCUAAUAACUUUCGGCGCCAACCAGCUAGUGGAAAUUCUUCAAAAAGGCGCCCUGCUGGAAAUUCAAAUAGUCGUAGACUAAAGAGCUAUGUAAGCUAUAACAAAAAUAGUGUAGACAAUGGGCGACAAUCCAGUUCAUCCCGUUCCCGAAACUCGAACUCUAAUACAUUAAAUAGAGGAAGAAGUCGUGGUCGAAAACGAAUCGAAUACGCAUCGGAUUUACAAUCCGUAGAACAUGAACUUCAAAGUAUCACAGUUACACAUUUUAUACCAUCUGAGGUCGCUGUACCUGUAGUAAGCGGACAUGUAACUGAGUACAAAAACAUUGUCACUGCCAAAUCAAGCACUGAGAUCGUGGGUCCAAAUGAGUUUGCAGUAGUAUUAGGUACAAACGGGAUGAGUUCCACAUACUUAAAUCGAGAAACAUCUAUUAUAAAUAUUGCUGGUGCCACCGAACAUACAAAAUAUUUAUUGCAUGAAUCUAUCACAAGUUCUGUAACUUUUACACCAACCACCAUUCGAGGAAGAAAGACAUCCUUUUCACAUAUUAUUCCAUCUACAGCGUAUUCUGUAGAGCACAUUGUAACUACAAUACAGCCUCAAAUUACUGAAAACGCACCGCUUGCCAAUAUUUUACUUUCCCAGUUGCUUUUAGGAAACUUAAACUUACCUGCUCAUCCCUUGAUUGGAGCUGUCGGACAACACAACGUCCCAUCCGCUGCGAUUCCCACAUCUGUUGAGCCUAUCACUGAGUAUCGCACCCACACUUCAACAUAUGUUACUACAAUAUUCGACGGGAUGUCUACUAUUCUUCCAGUGACAUUUCAAGGAAAAAAGAUUUUAACUACUGUUUAUGACACUACCGCACAGACUAUAACAGCUACAGAAUAUAGUGUGGAUACCAUAAUUAACACUCAGCCAUCAGUUCAAAGUGUGCAGACUAUUGGACCGGCUGCUCAUGUAAAUAAUUUGUUAUUGCAGCACUUACUUAUUCAACAACAGCAGGAGUCACUCGUCCAAGCUAUAUCAAACACUACUCCGCCACAAGUAUUGUUAAGUGAAAACCUGCAAGUUUUGGACGAUGGGACACGGUCAUCAAUAAUGUCGGAUGCCAGCGAAAUUGUUGAAUAUGGUUCGGAUUUGGUGUCGGUCAGUAAUGAGUCUCAAGUUACCAAAAGCCAUCGAAAAAAAUCACGAAAAACAAACAGUGGCAGCAAGAAACAUCAGGAAUCGAGUAUAAUAACACUUUAUGUAUCGGGCCGUAGACCUGGUGAAUUUAGUACUGUAUUGUCAACUGUGAGAGAGUUUGAGCACUCUGUUUCAUUGCAGAAGAGGCACGCAAUUUUAGAAAUACAGCCAACCAAUUCUAAGAAUUAUGUUUCUAGCACAGAAAAGAUCGAAAAUAUGAUGGACAAAAAUGUUAUUUUAAAAGAUCUAAGAAGUUCUUUGACGAUUGAAUUUGGAUUUAACGAAUUACCUGAUCAAACUGCAUCAUUAGAAAGCAUUGUAGGUGAUGUGCAUCUUUGGUUUGAAAAUUCUAAUGGACAAUCUACAACGGCGGCAACAUUAAUAAAAUCUGUAGUAAUAUAAUUUCUAAAUUAAAAUAACCUUAUGCUACUUUAAAUUAGUUAAAGGCCGUUUGUCACUUCAUCUUACAAGAAAAAUUAUUACUUCAGAAUGUAAGCGAAAUAUGUCCUGCCACUCCUUGGAAGAUGUCCAAAUACUAGUCAAAGAUAAAUAUAGUAUCACUAGGAACUUCUUCAAUA